GCUCAACCUACAUCAAAUGCGAUAGAUCUGCCUCGGGACUGCAUCUAUGGCAUGAAGGGAGGUGUCUAGGCAGUUCCAGUUUCCAGCUGCAACUUGGCUUCACUGCAAGGCGUCGGCGCCGCGAAUCGAACGACGUCCGUGCGUCGCGGAGACCGCCGUGCCGCGCCCCUCAACACGGCCCGUGCGAUGCAGCCACGCGUCAAAGUCUGGUCUGAGCGUUGAAGAGAGAGCUGAACAAAGCCUUUCUUGCUCUCAUCAUCACACACUCGUUCGCCAGACAUGUUGAUACUCGCCCUCGCUGCGGCAGCGCUUGCCGCAUCCGCGAUUGCACAGCCUGAAGAUGGACACGAUGGACAAGACGGGCAAGAUGGCGCUGGGCGCGUUGGCCUGCAGAAGCGGGGAUGGGGAUGGAAUCGGGCACGCUCAGCCCAUACUCCAUUGCACCUCCAGCCGCCUGACAGGGCGCCACUUUGCGCCAUCGACAACGGCUCCGCCGUCAAAGCUCGCGCUUGGGGACGCAAUGGUGUCCGCGCGGCAGGCCCGCGCCCAACGCCGUGUCUCACAAGCAACCGAUACCCCGUCAUCAACGUGCGGCAGACUAUCGGGUCGACAACUUCCUCGCCGCGGCCCACCUCAACAUCAUCCCCGCGUCCAUCCAGCUCCUCCGCGCGGCCCUCAUCCUCCUCCGCGCCACCCUCCAGCUCGUCCUCGAGCUCCUCCGCUCCCCCGUCCAGCUCAUCCUCUCCCACCCCAUCCCCUACACCAACUACCACCGAGGAGCCGCCGACAACCACUACGGAGUCGAGCAAGACCAGCACGCUCGACACAACGACCUCGGAAACGUCCACCUCCUCUUCGUCCCGCACCACGCCCUCUCAGUCGCCGUCAUCCAGCGCGCCGCCAGCCGCGCCUACCACCGUGCCAAUCGGCGCCAUCAUCGGUGCCGCAAUCGGUGGCGCCGUCGUCGUCGGCGCCCUCGCAGCUCUCCUCAUUGUCCGCCUUAAGAAGCGGUCUCGCCGCCGCCCCCGCGACUCCCACCUCUUUAUGGACCCCGACUUCCCCAUCGCCCUCGACCCCUACUAUCCUGUGCCGGGCACGCACUCGCCCGCGCCCUCUAACCUCGCCCGUAAUCCCAGCACCGGCAGCAUGACGGGCCUGACGAACCGGCGGUCGGGGUACGAGGGCUACGACAACGUCGAGUACGUCUACGCCGGGCCGGACGGAUACUACGACCCGGCUACGGGAAAGAGUGCCGCGCCUCCGCAACGCGGCCCAAGUUACGUGCAGCGCGUGCCCGCGCGCCAGCCGAGUCUCAGCCAGGGCCAGUAUGCGGCGUACGCUGGCCCGGGGGCUUGCAUACCAGAGAGCGAGCGGUACGACUACGACGGCCACAGCCAUGUCCAGCACGCACAGUACUCGCAGCCGCAGGGAUACCCUGCUCCGGGCGGAUAUCCGCCGCAAGCCAACUACCAUACCCAAGCACCGAUGCAGCCACAAACAACUGGCGGAUACCCGCAGGCCGGGUACUACGCCGCCGAGUACGCGCCCGCGCCCGUGUCCAACGCAUACCCCGCCAGCCCGGCGCGUGGGCCGAUGCGGGCGCCAUCCGUGUCUACCAGCUCGCCAGUGAUCAUGGCGGCGGCGCCCGCACCCGCGCCGCCGCACGUGUCGCCCGACAUGGUCACGCACGAGGAGGACGCAGGCGUCGUCCUCCCCACGACGCUGCCGCCGAUGUAUCGCGCCGAGUGGGCGCCGGGCGGUACGAAGCCGGCCAAGGGGUAGAUGGAUGCUUUUCGAUCGCAAGCCGAGGAGGGAGCGAGCGGACGCGAGCAGGCGUUAAGUGUGGUGGGCCAAACACAUAAUAAGCAUGCGGCACGGGAUCUCGUGGUCACUGCCACGCCGUAAGCACCGCCCUAUGUUUGAUUUGUGGAGGUGUGCCUCAGUGUACCAGUUGCUGUGUUCAGUCAUGUUUCCGCACUGUAGCGAGCACGACGGUUCUUGGGCGGUGGACAGCUUUUAGCUUGGGCGGCCAUGUAGGGGAGGGACAGUUACGGCAUAGCGUCAUUUUGGCAUGCCGCACCCUCGCACUAAGUGAAGUGCUAGCACCACACCCCCACCCGCGUUGUCUUGUCGGGCAUGUCGGCGACGCCGUUCCGUCUCGGCGGAGAAGAGCUGCGCCAUGCGGGCGCUAUCGCUCGAUACGAGCUACGGUGGAACAAAUUGAGCCAUGAGCUACGUAGAAGGGGUGCG